AUGACCAUAGACACUUCAAAGUCACUAAGCCUUAUACCCAUUAUGCACGGCAUGUUCAACAUUUUUAAAGAGCCUCAAGAGAUAGACAUAGAAAAUGUAAGAACAAACGAACAAGAAGAUGACAACACAUUACAGCUAAUAUCUACUGGAUCACUAAGCAUCCUUGACGAAUCCAAUCAACUAAAAUUGACAGCUCCUGUGCUGCAGGUGAAUGUACCAGAAUAUAGAGCCAAACGAAGAAAAGUGGAACAGAUCUUAUCUGGACUGCUCAACUCUUUCACAGAACGUACGAGCGAGAAAGAAGCAACACCAACCAUGACAGACGAUGGACUAGAAGAAGAUGCACAACUGACAACAGCGCCCAGCUCACCCAUUCAACAGACACACAAGCCCAAAGGGAACGACUGGUAUCCAGACAUCGAACCAGAGACAGGUGUGCAAGUUUAUGAAUAUCCAGCGCGCAUGGUUCCUGUGUUUGCCACACCAGGUCAGGUAGAGAAACUCGCAGAGAUCACAGAGGCUACUAAACAGAAUGAUCGGUUCAUUGGAACUGAUUUCCGCAAAGCCAUCGAUUAUCUCAACUUUACUCUCACUGACUAUGAUGCCAGUAUUAAAGAUGCCUGGAACGUAUCAGGCAAGCUGAUAUUCAUCAAGGACUUUUUAAACAAUUUAGCAGAUAAGGACAUGACUAUCGUCAUCCUUACUGAUGGCCUAGGUGAAGAGACUAGCAUGUAUGAGCUGAUACGUGAAUGUUUGGGGUUUGCCUGUACCCGUGUAGGCAAUGUCUUGGACGAUGACUGGAAUGGCGAGUAUGGUGUGUUUGUCAAGACAAGGAAGAGCGACGAGAUACUAAGAGCACCAGAACAACAACUCUUUACGCGUGAGGCAGACCUGAUCAUCUGUCUGGACAUCCUUAUUGAAGAUAAUGCUGAGUCGUUUUCACUCAUCAACAACAGCAACCAGAAAAAGCGACCCUAUAUCGUCUGGUUAGUUACUGUUGGUUCAUUGGAGGAAAGAAUCUUUCGAUUGAUGGAGGAGAAAAAUAUCACUUUUUCUCAGUGCAACUCUCAAUUGUCGGAGCUUUCGAUGGCCACAAAUAAUUGGCCUCAGGGCUCACUUGAAGAUGGCAUGACUCGUAACAUGCUGGCUGCACUCAAUUUGACCUCGUGGUUGGUUAAUUAUAAGGGCAAAUGUGAAUAUCAAUACAGAUCAAAGAUUGAACUACCCAAUAGCUUAUUACGAACAGCACCUGAGACAUCUGCUGUCGCAGGCUCCGUUGUAACAACAACAGCAACAAUAGCAGCAGAUGAGGAAGCUUCUGACAUGGAGCUUAGCUCCGAUAUUGAUACUGAAGAAGCCAAUAGACGACUCAAUACAGAAGACACUAGACCUGUUUUAUCUUCUCAACUAUUAAGCUUCUUGGAAAACUCCAUCUUUCCUACAUGCGAUUUUGUUGUGAAUAAGAAAACAACGCCUGAGGGACUAGGUAAAGUUUAUGGUGGCAUUAAGAAUAACUUAUUGAUAUAUGAUAUAGAUUCAGGCGAUGUCGAGUUGGCUACAACCAUAUUGCAUACUACAGGAUCAAGUUAUAUAGAUGAACUAAAAAUUUUAAAACUCGAAUUUGAACAAAAGUUCAAUACAAUUCGCGAGAAAUAUCUUGAAGAGACAAAGCAAAGGUUUUUUAGAACAGAAUAA